AUGAGGAUCGGAAGGUGGAGAUCGACAUGCGUGUCCUCGCUGGGUAUCUGGUGGCUAACGUCUCAGGUGGUCAACUUCCUCAAUGAGGGUGCCAUCCACCACAUGCGCAACCACGAGCGCGGCGGUGCACGCAGCCUUCCACGCAGCGUGGGCUGCUGGGCAACGAGCUUUGGCAAACAGGAGUAUUGGGAGAGCUUCUAUUCCGGCGACACUGAGGAUGCGAAAGACUUCGAAUGGUUUUGUAGUUACGAGGACAUCGAACCCUUCUUCAGGGACUUCGCGCGGCCCGCGCUGGAGAAGCCUUCUCCAGCCGCUUUGAGGCCACAGCUUAUGAUUGCAGGCUGCGGGAAUUCCCGUUUGGCCAACGAGAUCUACGACGACCUUUCGAGUGAUGGCAUCGAGGUGGACAUUUGGAAUGUGGACUACGCUGAGGCCGCCAUUGCCCGCGCACGCGCUGUGGCCGGAGAGCGCCCCCUAAAGCACGUAGUUGCGGACCUGCGAGAUUUGCCAGAAGAGACCUUUCCGGAGAACAGCUUUGAUGUGAUCGUGGACAAGGGCACCAUGGACGCGCUCUUUUGCGCAGGCGGCCCCUCUGCCCAGCGCUGCGCCGAGCAAUUGCACAAAGUCUUACGACCCUCUGGCGUAAUGCUGGUGCUCUCAGGGGUCGCAUCCAGCCAGGAAUUGCUGCAAAGCUUCAGGGAUUGGACGACGAUCCUGGAUGGCUCGCCCUACAUCACUGAGGAGGGCGAGGCCGGCCAGGAUCUCCGGCGGCACAUGCGAUCCGAUCAGAGCUGUGAGGUAAAGCGCUCGGGUGCCCGAAUAUGCCCAGAUGAGUGGCCUGAGGAUGGGGAAAGCCCCAGCCAGCCGAAUGGCGUGAGUGGCCUUGAGUCGAUCUUCAACACGGCAUGUGCGCCCUCGGCGUGCUGCGUCCCACAGGACCAGGUGGGGAAUGUCAUCGUGAACACGCCGGUGCAGACCUCCACAAAACCCGAAUUCCUGCAGCCCUCAGAAGAAGGGUUAAGUACAGCCGUGGAGAUCCUGGAAGACUAUCGGACGGAGGCAGACUCUCCAGAGACCACGCACCCUGUGGCCGUGAAUGCCUUUGACAAGCUCACACGAAUCCACACGCAAAUUCACAAGCACCUGGAGAAGCAGGAGAUGUUGAUUGCGCAAUUGCUCCACGACGGGGAAGGACUCUCUGCCGAGGCUUCCGCUGCCAGGCCUUCAAGCUUCCUCGAUAGCAAGAGCAGGCAGAAGCCUUCGUACCUUGCGCCGUCGGUGAUGGGUCUUCAUUCGGAAGUCCUGCUGAUGGUUGAGGUGACGGAAGAGCUUGAGAAUGCUGAAAACUCCUCUGCGCCGGCCUCACCUUGCACACCAAGGAGGGUGAAGCAGCGUCGCCAGAGCUUCUGCCAACCACGGGAAGAUCCGGUGGGCGAACUGAGCGAUUGGUCGGACUGCCACACCCUCAGUGCUCCCUCCUCCUGGAGUCCCGCUUCGGCACGGUGUCACCGCCGCCCGCGGCGGCUUCUCCCGCGGCGCACGCCGCCGCGCACGCCGGCGUGCGAGCCGCACGCGCUCGGCACGCCGCGGGAGAAGCAGCGGAAGAGACGUUCGAUCUCAGAGCUCUCGCCCAGCGCGAGGAUGACGCCCGAGAACCUCAAGUCGCGUGGGCUUGGAUUUCCGUGGGCCCGUGUGACCGGGCUGUGCACGGCCAAGAUCGACCAAGAGCAGGGAAGACAAUUCUGCUUAAUCCCCACGCCCGAACUGAAGCGGAGGGGAUCCUCCAGCCUCACCAGCACCGCGAGUGGACCUCACGGCGUGGACAGCGGAGAGCGAGGUGGACCACGUCCUCGGUCCUGCUCCUUCGCGCGGCGUGUGCGAGAGGCUUCAUUGUGCCUCAGUUCCGACUCUGAUGAUCCUUUGGGCUCUCCAUUGUAUUCGCCUACCCGGCGAGUGCGCUUCCCCGAAGGCCCCGAAGAACAGUCGCCGGUGCCAUCCUGGAAGAACAGUCGUCAGGAUGAGGCUGAUCUGGCCAGGUCGACCGCGAGGAGCGUCGCCGGGGGUUGA